CUCCACAGGAAGUGUGUCCGCUCUCAAAAUUGGUCCGACUCUGGCAAACCGCUAGCUAGCACGUUUAGGAGCAUGUGUGCGCCGAGAACCGAGAAAAGUGACCGAAGAGCAGAGGGUUCGUCGCCAGUUACCAGCACCCAACUGACAGCAGCAUGUCCGAGGCGGUAACCCAGCGGAUAAAGGAGCUGGAGGCAGAGCUGGAGAAGCUCAAGUCCCAGCUGGGGGAGCGUAGUGAAGCUGGAGAGGACGCGCAGGAGACCAACAGUCCAUCCGCCAAUGACGACACAGACGGCAAGCCUGCUGGGAACCGCGGAGGCAGCAGCAGCAGCAGCAGCAGCAAGAAGGGUAAGAAAGCCAACAAGGAGCGUCCCUUCGACUUCUCCGCCCACCCCCGGCGCCAUGCGGCUCUGCGGCUGGCGUACCUGGGCUGGGCCUACCAGGGCUUCGCGGUCCAGGAGAACACGGACAACACUGUGGAGGCCAGACUCUUCGAGGCUUUGCUGAAGACCCGGCUGAUCCAGGACCGACAGAGCUCCAACUAUCACCGGUGCGGUCGCACCGAUAAAGGAGUCAGCGCCUUCUCCCAGGUGAUUUCUAUCGAUUUGCGGUCCACACAGUUCAGCGGAGGACCGGGUGUCACGCUCCCUGAAAAUGUUGAUGUCGGCAUCAAGAAUAAAGCUGCCGUCUCCGAGGUUCCAUACGUGAAGAUGCUGAACAGAGUCCUACCCCAGGACAUCAGGAUCUUGGACUGGUCGCCAGUAGCAGAGGGUUUCAGUGCACGCUUUGACUGUCAGUCCCGCACAUACCGGUACUACUUCCCCCGAGGAGCUUUGGAUGUGGCCCUGAUGGCAGAUGCUGCAAAAAGAUACGAGGGCACGCACGACUUUCGCAACCUGUGCAAAAUGGAUGUGGGCAACGGGGUCCUGCAGUUUGAGAGGACCAUCUUGUCGGCAUCAGUCAAGCCUGUGCAGCCUCAGCACACCUGCAGCACAGAUCAAUAUGACCUCUUCGUAUUUGAGAUCAAAGGAUUAGCCUUCCUUUACCACCAGGUCCGAUGCAUGAUGGCACUUCUUCUCCUGAUAGGGCAGAAACUGGAAGCCCCAGAAAUAAUAAAUAAACUCCUGGAUGUUCAGAGUAACCCCAGAAAGCCCCAGUACAGCAUGGCGGUAGACUACCCUCUGGUGCUGUACGACUGCCACUUUGAAGGUCUGAACUGGAAACAGGAGACUGAAGAGGUGAACCACGUCCUGUCUGCACUGCAGCAGCACUGGACCCAGAGUACAGUCAAGACCCACGUCCUCCAUGGGAUGAUCAAGGGUUUGGAAGCCGCAGGUGGAGUGUCCUUUAACCAUUGUUGGUUAGUGGAAGGCAGCAGGCAGAGAAACUACCGACCAUUGCUGGAGCGUCCGUGCUGCGAGAGCCUGGAGUCCAGGAUCGACCAUUUUGUGAAAAGAGGCCGACUGGAGCGGGAGGAAGGAGAGGAUGGAGGUGAAAUGGUCCACAGAGGAAAAAGGUCCAAACAUUCCCACAAUUCCCCCAGUCUGCCUGUGCCAUCAAAGCAAAGUGAACAUCAGAAAGCAGACAUUUAAUAUUUUUCCUUUGGAUAAUGGACUUGGCCAACACUAUUUUUUUAAAUUAAUUUUAGUGCGAGGGAGAAAUAACCUGUAUUUACAAUCCACUCCAGGACACAACAUAGUGGAUUGUCAUCUGUAUUUCAUUGAAACAGUGUUUCCAAUUUUUAUUUUCCAUUUUCAUGCAAAUAUUUAUUUUGCUUCGAAAUAAAUACGU